CCAUAUGUGCACCAUUUAUAAAUAGAGCACUCAGAGACGCCAAACACACAACAUCCUCCUCCAUCCUGAACGACACGAUCUCAGCUGAACCAUGAGGGUGGUGAACCUGGGUCCGGAUCCUUCUCUGGCAUAUCGCCCCGAAUGUCACGAGAAAGACCAAACAGAAUUCAGGAACUUUGAGAGUGGAGAUCUCUUUGACCGUGUGUUUAAUACAUACAAGCAGAUGCACACGUGCCAAACGCUGGACUUUGUCAAACAAAAGCACCUGGAUUGGGCGAAUUGCAAUCACUUCAGCAUGACCAUGAUGGAAAACAUCAAUUCCCUGGACGAGCUUGUUGACGAAUCCGACCCUGAUGUUGACUUCCCGAACUCUUUCCAUGCUUUCCAGACCGCCGAGGGAAUUCGCAAAGAGCAUCCUGAUAAAGAUUGGUUCCAGCUAGUUGGUCUGAUCCAUGACAUUGGAAAAAUCAUGGCACUGUAUGGGGAACCACAGUGGGCCGUAGUUGGAGACACAUUCCCAGUGGGAUGCAAGUUCCAGAAUUCAAUAGUGUUCAGAAACUCGACAUUUGAAGGCAAUCCGGAUGUGAAGAACCCAACACUCAACACAGAAUUUGGGAUCUAUAAACCUCAAUCUGGGCUUGAUAAUGUCCUGAUGUCUUGGGGACAUGAUGAGUAUCUGUACCAGGUAAUGAAGUUCAACAAAUGCACCAUCCCUGAGGAGGGUCUUUACAUGAUCCGCUUCCACUCGUUCUACCCCUGGCACUCAAACGGAGACUACAUGCACUUAUGCAACGAGAAAGACCUGCAGAUGCUUCCCUGGGUCAAAGAGUUUAACAAGUUUGAUUUGUAUACCAAGAGCACUGAACUACCGGACGUGGAGAGUCUGAGGCCGUAUUAUCAGGCUCUCAUUGAUAAGUACUGCCCUGGUGUACUGCAGUGGUGAACGUGUACCAUAAAUCUACACAACUCUAGAGACUGAAUAUCAUUCUGACUGAAGGGUGGACCCUUUUGACUUCCACCAACUAGCAACCACACAUGACACCUUGGAAGUUUCUUCAGAAAAUGUCAA